AUCCUAACCUAACGAAAGUAACUAACAAUAAUAUUCGUCAAAUCGUAAUGGUGGUUUAAUGUUUUGAUUUAUUUGAUAUAAUUCGAUUAUUAUUUUGCUACAUGGUAUGAUCGGACACUUGAGUAUAAAUGCAGUUUUCCAAUUUCCAUGUGGAGAAAAAAAUAUUGUAAAUAGUAACCAGGAGUAAAUUUCUUAUAAACCGUAUUAUGAUGGACUCAAAAAAUAGUAAGAAUGGCAGUGUUGAUGUAGAAAACCUGAAUCUUAGUUUGGACAUGGGAGAUGAUAUGAAACUGGAUGAAGUAAACUACGAGAGCGACGUGUCUUCCAGUAGUUCAGAAAGUUCUAGUGCACCUAGCAUAAGUUCAGUUAGUACGAAAUCAUCAACAAAGGGACGUGUUUCUCGACACAAGAGAAGUCGUUCAAGAGACAAGAGUAGCUCACCUGUAAUAAAACGUGCACGGUCAAAGGAUGCAAGAGGUAAAUCCUAUGACUACAUGACCAAAUUAAAUUAUUUGUUUCGUGACGCCCGUUUCUUUGUGAUUAAAUCAAAUAAUGCUGAGAAUAUCACGCUGUCAAAGGCUAAAGGAGUCUGGUCUACCCUUCCCCAAAACGAAGCAAAUCUAAACAAAGCUUACAGGGAGUCCAGAAAUGUAUUGCUAAUUUUUUCUGUGAAAGAGAGUGGGAAGUUUGCUGGUUUUGCAAGAUUACAUAGUGAGUCUCGGCAUGAUGUGCCAGCCAUCUCCUGGGUUUUACCUCCAGGACUCUCAGCUAAAGCUUUAGGAGGAGUUUUCAAAGUGGACUGGAUAUGCCGCAAGGAACUUCCUUUUUCCAACACCAUGCAUUUAUAUAAUCCCUGGAAUGACGGAAAACCGGUCAAAAUCGGACGUGAUGGACAAGAAAUUGAGCCAAGAGUCGCCGAGGAGUUGUGCCGUCUUUUCCCCGAGGAUGAGGGUAUAGAAGUCACCCCCAUUUUACGUCUAGCCAAGGAAGCAGCGAAGAAGAAUAAUCUACGGGGACAUCGCCACCCCAAAACCCGUAUGCCAAUCGCCGCUCAAACAUCGUUCAACUACAGAAGUCGGGGCUCCACUUAUUUGCGAAGAAAAUACUUUCUGUCAACUCGUGGCCUCACAUCUAGUUCGUAUAGACGGUCCACGUCUCCACCAAGGCCUAGAGAUCGGUUUUCUCUUUUCUAUGAUAGGGAGUCGCCAAGACCGUACACUGCGGCAGCUGCUGAAGCUUACGUUGCAGAUUAUAUGCGUACAAUGCAACAUCAACUACCUCCGCUGCCCUAUGCUCCACCACCAGGUCUUUAUGCGAGUUCUGCAUAUGAAAGUUUACCCCCUCCUCGAUAUUACGACGGAUUACCUCUGCCUGAUUAUUCGUCAUCAAGAAUGAAUUCCUAUUCGGAUAAGAGGUCGUAUGAUCGGUCAGUCGAUGAAUUUCUGUGGAGAACGAGUGACCGAUCGAGGGACAGGGAUAGAGAAAACCGUCAACGUUACAGAGAUAGACGGUGAAUUGUUAUUUAUAAGCUAAAACUUUAACUUUUUCAUACUAAGUUUAAUUAAAAAACGAUCGAUUUUGUAUUGUUUCAGGAUAUAAAUAUAUGUAUGUUUGCGUACUCUUUAAUUGAAAUAGCUCAUGCUGUUAUUAUAUUGUGAUGUUACAAACAAUGAUCCUGAUCUUUGGAUUAUUUUAUUGUAAGUUACAAAUUUAUUUGUUUAGUUAUAAAGGAUUAUUCUGUGUAUUGAACACAUUUUCUUUCAAUAAGUAGUUGGAACAAUAUUCAUGGUCAAGCAUUGCGUUUUUUAUUUUUAUUAUUUCAAACAAAUUUUCAAGUUUGUAUCAGUUGAAGGUAAUUAUUUAGUUUGUAAAUAAUGAUUUUUUUGAUUGUCUUAUAUUUGUUAUAAUUUUCACGAAAUAAAUGCCCCAAGCAAGCUGAUUAUAGGUAUUAUUGAAUAAUUAAUGUCGAGGUGAAGUUGAACAAGUGUUUGGACUUGUUAUAAACAGAAGAAAAUACAUGUUUUCCUCAAA